AUGAGCAGCCGGGAGGGCGGCGCGCCACGGCCACCCGCAUCUACAGGUACAACACAUCCGAAAGAUGCCGUGCGCAGAUAAACACAUGCCCAUUCAUGCACGUACAUUUGGACAGAGUUCUCUUUCUUUUUCUCUCCUGUGUGUCUGUUCGCAGCAGGUGCUGUGUGCGUCAAGCAGGAGCCUCAGGCUGAUAGGACAGCCCCGCGAGCCAUCCCGGACCUCACUAUGUCACCUCCCGUCCAACAGACAUCCCACGGUAUUCCUGGGCAGUCAUCAGACCAAACCACCGACCGCUCCUCACCCGCCCUCUGCCCACCAGGCCACCAUCACGAUGCGGCCUCUUCCGGCGAUCCUCCUGAUGGUUGUGAGCGUGUUGAGACCGAAGGGGCGCAAAGUGGAAGGGGCGGGGGUGGCGGUCAGGGUGAGGUCGCAUCUUCGUCACGUCACCUAAGGGGUCAGCCAGCCGCGCACAACACAUUGCCGGCCCGCACACGCACCCAUCGAUGCGUUACAUUGUUCACCGUGUGGACAUGUAUGUAUGUAUGCAUCUUUCUGUCUUGUGUUGUCUUGUCUGGCAGCGACGGCCCUCGAGGACCUUGAGGACGACGAUGGGGAGGAAGAGGAUGAGAUGAAAUUGCUGAUAUUCCGCAGCAGCGCCUUGCUUCCUCCCACGACGACAGGUGAUGAGGGCGAGAGUGAUGGAGCGGAGGAAGCCCAGGAUCUUCGAGGAAGACGGCGCAUCCUUGCCGCUCGCAAGACGGCCAAAGAAUACCACUGUGAGUGAGGGAGGCACACACGCACACAGACACACACCUGCACACGGGCAGGAUGAUAUGCAUGGGUGUGUGUCAUGUCUGUCGGUGGGUCUGAUGUGAUUGAUGCGAGGCAGGUCUGGCAAAGGAUUGUCCACCGGGUGCACCUGCACCACCAGCCGGCGACCCGGGCUGCCUGGUGACAGCCGAUGACGGCCUCUGCCAGUCGUGCAUGAGAGCCUACAGGGUGGCUUCCAGUAUUUUUACCCGCCUCCACCGCUCACACCCCAAAGUGCGGACCACCUUCACCCCCGCCCCCCCGCAACACCACCAAACACGCCUCCACCAAGACGCUGUGACAGUCACCAUCGGCCCCCUGACCGACACGCGCGGCGGCCGGUACUAUCUGCGGGACCUGGUCGUCCGCCCCAGAAACAAACUUCCCAAGGCCGUGAAGCCGCGAGAUUCCAUGGGAGGGUGGAGCUUCUUCGCCCUCAUCAUCAAGAUCCCCGAGGUGCUGCGGGCCCCCCCUGACCCUGACAAGGACGACUUCCGCGUGGACAGCGACGGCAAGAGAGUCUUUCUCCGGCGGAAGUCACUCAGAGAUUUCAAGACGGAAACGAGAGGUGAGGGAGGCAGUGAGUGGGAGGCCGGCAGAUCUACAUGGAUGAAUGGCGAGUGUGUUGGUUGGUUCGGUGCAUGCAGCCGCCCUCGACGCCUACCCCAAGCAGCGGCUCCAAGAGCUGCGUGUCCUCAACGGCUUCGGGAAGAUCAACAUCUCCUGGCACAAGUCCGCGUGGGAGAUCCAGUUCUAUAAGUGCACCGAAUCACUUCUCACCAGAACCAUCAGCCCGCAAGCCCGCACACAAGAGGCCAUCGACAAGGCCCUCGAGGAGGCGGUGCAGACACGCAACGAGCUGGCCAGCGACCUGGGCCGGCCACCCAUUCGGUCGCUGCCGUCUCGGGAGCUUCCUGGCGAGGAUCGCCACGAAGAUCGUCAGGGUGACUACGAGGUCGCCAUUGAGGGCAGCGGCGGCGAGCCUGAGGAUGAGGACAAAGACGAGAAUGAGGAAGACAACCAGGGUGAUAAUGCCGCGCUGACCAGCUGGAAGGAGGAACCGACAGACCCCCACCAGCAGCAGCAGCAGGACCAAGUGCACAUGGGAAGGAAGGGUGGUGACGAUGGGAACCGCAAGGCGCCCAAGAGAGGCAGAGAGCCAUCUGGAGGUGAUGCGUACACAACACACACACACAUGCUCAUCACCCCACCCCCUCACCCACCUGUGUGUGGUUUCUUUGGAUGUGUCUGUGUGUUCUGGUGUUCAGAUCCGUUUGGUGGUGCUUGUGCGCUGGAAAAGGACGCCCUCGACGCCUACGCCAAGGAGCGGCAGGCCGAGCUGCGCCGCCUCAAUGGCUCCAUGGCAACCCACAUCGGCUGGCAAAACAACGGAGGAUGGGUCAUUCAGAUCCACCUCCAAAACCAGCCGAAGACCUGCACAUUCAGAGCGCGAGCUCGCACACGAGAGGCCGUCGACGCGGCGCUGCAGGAGGCCGUCGACAAGCGCAACCUGCUGGCCAAGAAGGUUCGCCUUCCCCCGCUCCGCUUUCCCCCCAUCAUUGCCUCAUCCGAUGGAGAGGGAGAGGGCAAUGAUGGCGAUGAGAUGGACAUGGCCGAGCAUGGCAGCGGGGCGGCGUCUGAGAAGGAUGAGGAGGAAGAGCAGAAAGACGAACACGACCACAAGAGGCGGAUACGGAGAGGAGCAGCUGCAGGUACACACACAGACACACACACACGAACGACACGAGCGCACGCGUGUGUAUGUGUUGUGUUGGGCCGCUUCUGUGCCGAUUGUGGUCUCUAGGUUGGUCUCGUACCGCUGUUGCGAGGCAAAGGGACGCCCUCGACGCCUACGGCAAGCACCGACUGACAGAGCUGCGUCGCCUCAACGGCAAUGAGAGCAUCAACAUCGGAUGGCACAACUUAUCAUGGCAGAUCCAGUUCUGGAACAAGGGAGGACGGCUGUGGCGGAACAUCAGUCUGCCAGGCCGCACCCGCGAGGCCGUCGACAAGGCCCUCGAGGAGGCCAUUCACACCCGCAACCAGCUGGCCAAGAACCUGGGUCGUCCACCUAUUCGGUCCCUGCAGUCGGGCCAUGGCCAGGGCGUCGCUGAGGGAUCGGGAGAGGCCCGUGGCGAGGGUGAGGAUGGCGAGGUGGAGGGCUGUGUCGGGGCGCCAGAGGACGAAGAAGAGGAGGAGCAAGAUGAGACAGACGGUGAGCCACACACACAGGGGGGGAGGGCGGGGUACAUUGCACAAACAUAUGGAUGAAUGUGCUGCAUGUGUUGGUUACAUGCAGAGGAGUACACCGGCAAGGCGCAGAAGAGGCCGAUAGGCAGAGGAGCGUCUGCUGCGGCGAAUGGACCACCCCAGGGUGCCUCCGUGGCCCACUACCGCCCUCCACGUCCCCCUCCCCUCCUCGCGGCUGCCACGCGCCCACCCGUGCGGCCCCCCGCACCCCGUGUGUCUGCUGCUGAGGAUGCACAGAUGUGUGACGCCACCGAUCAGCAGCACAAUGGCGUUCCCUUCUCAGAGCCGCAAGAGAGUCGACAAGUGGAUGGUAAUUGGGACGAGCCGCCGUCGCAUAGUCCGUCCGACGUCAGGGAUGCAGCGGCAUCUGCUGCCGCGAAUGUCCCACGCCUCCCCCCUUUCUGGCGUGCUAUGCCACCGAUGCGGCCCCCCUUCUGGCAACCACCACCAUCAUUCUUCGGCGGUACGCGCAAACAGAGAGGCAGACGGAUGGACGUGCGGCCGACAUCUCGAUGCAUUCAUUGAUGCUGCGAACCGGACAGGUCGCGGCGGCGUGGUGAUGGGUGGCAUGGGUGGCCCCCCGCCGGCGCCAGGGAGUCUCAACGGGGCAUGCAUUGCCUUCCUCCCAGGUGAAAGAAAAGUGAAUGCACAACACUCAGCCAGCGCUUUGGCAGUGUCGUUGUGGUGCCAUUCAUUUCGGUCAGCGGUCCGGCCCCCCAUAACCCCAGCAAUGCCUGGCUUGACCCGCCAGAUCCAUGGCACCACCAGACCACCACCACCACCAACACCACCGUCAAACCGUCCGUCAAGAGCAGCAUACGGGGACAAGAGGCUGUCAAACGUGCCCCUGGGGCGACACAGACGCAUUGACCAAACACCACCGGCAGCGGCCGCUGCUUCGGGCAGGAAUGAGAGAGGGCAACCAGGCGGCAAUCGGCCAGAGCACGGAGGAGGGGCAUCGGCCGCUGCUCGUCUUGGUGUCCAAGUCAAGAUCGCCCCUAGCGGUGGCGGAAACAGCGUGCAGCAGGGCGCCUCCGAGAGUAGCAGAACCGAAGGGCAGCAGAAACAGCAGCAGAAGCAGAUGGUGCCUGCUCGGUGUAUGGAGCGCCAGCUGGUCAACCUCGACCAUGACGACCUGGUCAAGGCGCUGGAGCGAGAUGAGAAGAGCCAACUGGCCAGGAGAGUCCUGCACAUCGUUCGAGAGGUACGUCAGACCAGCUGGUCGGUCUGUAGGUCACACAGACACACAGACGAUCGAUAUAAACGAGGCCAUGUGUGCGUCUGUCUGGUGGUUCGUUUUUGUAUGCAUUUAUGUAUGUGUGUGUCAGAGUGGGUUCAACGGGUCUCACUUGCACGAGAUGAGGGGCAUGACGGCCGCCCAGAUCAACAGCGACUGUCUUGGCAACGCGCCCCAGUUCCGGGGACAGGCUCUCGACCUCCGCAUGUGGAUCGACCAAAUCUACAACAAACACGGCGUAAGCAGGCACUCACUGAAGCAGUCUGUGAAUGUGAGUCAAGUCGUGCGUGUGGUGUGCAGGGCUGUGUGUGGGCCCCCGUCCGCAUCAAGGAGGAACCGACAGAGGGUGAGCGAGAUGGCAGCGGUGGCGAAAUGGACAUGGCCGAGCACGGCAGCGGGGGGCGUCUGAGAGAGACGAGGAUGAGGAGCAAGACAAACACGACCGCAAAGCGCGGAAGAGAAGAAAACGGAGAGGAGCAUCUUCUGGUACACAGACAUACACACACGAGUGCAUUCAUGUGUAUGUGCUGUGUUGUUUUGUGUUGGACUGCUUGUGUGCUUGUUCUGGUCGCUAGAUUCGUGUCGUGUUGGUGUGGCCAAGGAGGGGGGCCCUCUCGACCUUGAGAGCAUGGGCUGCGCACCCAUCCCUUCGCUGCAGUCUCGGCUUCAGAGAGGUGGCGAGGGGGAGGCCGAGCGAGACAAGGACGGCCAAGGUGAGGAUGCCGACAUGGAGGGCAGCAGCGUCGCGCCUGGGGACGAGCAAGACCAAGACGACGAACAAGACAGUGAGCCACACAAAGGGAGGGAGGGAGUGGAUGCCUUCAUGGAUGGAUGGAUGGAUGUGUGGUGUUCAGAUGCGUUUGAUGGUGCCUCGGUGGACAGGGACGCCCUCGGCCGCUACGCCAAGCACCGGCUGGCAGAGCUGCGCCGCCUCAACGACGCGCGUCGCCUUCACGGCUCCGGGAUUAUCAAUCUCGGAUGGCACAAUUCCGCAUGGCAGAUCCAGUUCUGCCACAAGGGAGGACGGCUGUCGCGGACCAUUAGACCGCCAGGCCGCACACAAGAGGCCAUCGACAAGGCCCUCGAGGAGGCCAUUAACACCCGCAAUCAGCUGGCCAGGGACUUUGGCCGUCCCCCCCUUCGGUCGCUGCAGUCGGGGCGUUGCCACGGCGAAGGAGAGGCCCAUGGCGAGGGUGAGGAUGGCGAGAUGGAGGGCUGUGUCGGGGCACCUGAGGUCGAGCAAGAGGAGGAGCAAGACGAGACAGACGGUGAGCCACACAUAGGCAGGGAGGGAGGGCGGGGUGCACGGGACAAACAUAUGGAUGGAUGGAUGUGCACACACUUGUCGGUUCAAUGCAGAAGAGUACGGCCGCAAGCCGCAGAAGAGGGCAAGGGGGAGAGAGGCCCCUGCAGGUAGGUGACCAUGCAACACAGAUAUGAAUGGAUCACUCACCCAUCCACCCUAUCACAGACGUGUGGUGGUUUUGUGUGCCGGUGUUCAGGCUCGUCUGCUGAUCUGGAGAAGGACGCCCUCGACCGCUGCGCCCAAGCAGCGCCUGGCCGAGCUGCGUCGCCUUAA